AUGGCCGAAGGGAUUGACACUUUGCAAUCCCUGUACUCACAUUCGAAGAGGUCGUUUUCCGACGGCCCUUCUUCGAACACAGCGGGUGGGUCUCGUCAUACUGCUCGACGAGACCCAGAGCAACGACAAUCAGCUGGGCGCGAGGCACCCAUCUGUCCCAGUCCGGUGGAUAGCCACGCCAGCGGACGAGGUAACUCGUCCGGACGCUCUUCACACCGCGGUGGUUCAAGAUACGCUCCACUAGGAAGCUUUGACCACCGCUUGAGUCCACCAAAGGAUGUGGUGGUGGCGGGAACUCCUGAUCCGGCUCGAGGGUCGGAUCAGCUUAAUGUUCAAGAGCUGAACCGUCUAACGGAACAGUUGCAAGAUGACCUGGCUCACGAACGGACUCGGCGCUAUGGGCUUGAGGAUCUUGCAAGGGAUAACUACAAUUCCCUAACGCACGUUCGUUCGGACGAUCGUGUCGCAUUUGCGUUCGCGCAACUUGAGAAGGAACGUUCGACUCGUUCUCUUCGUGACGAACUGGCUGCUGCUCGUCGAGACAUCGCUGAGCUGCGUGAACAGUUCGCUUCGCUAGUCGACCAGACUGGCUCGUUGAAACGGACCACUCGAAGGUGGUCUCGGCUCUCGACCGCGGAGGUGUUCUUCUCAUCUCGAAACGGGCUCGUACUGAUAGUACGGGCGGAGACGACCAACGUGAACCGUUGUAUGCGUACGCAUCGUACAAGGUAG